AUGCCCAUCCCGAGAUCGCUCGCGGCGAAGAAGAAACGACGACCCCCGGGUUCGGUAAAGAAAACGACGUCGUCUUCUACUCCUCCGCAACGAGAAGAAGAAGGAGAAGAGGAAGAGGAAGAAGAAAAUCAACGACGCCGACAGCCUUCUUCGUCUUCUCCGUCUUCCUCUCCCACUUCUUCUUCGCGAUCGUUCUCAUCGUCUUCUCCACACGCGACGAGGAUGAACUCUCACGAGCAUCCGCAGUUCCGACCGGCGCCUGGGUUGUUCGGAGACGACGACAACGACUUGAAAGGCGGAAGUAACAAAAGUAGCGCAGAAAAGAAAAAGACAAAGUUUCGUCUCGAGACGUUGGACGACGAUGAGGACGACGAGGACGACGACGAGGACAAAGGUGACGGAGAAGAGUGCGAAAGAGAAAAACUGGGAACGAAAACAUCAACAACAACAACAGCGAAUACACACAUCGAGAGCGACGUGUCAUCUGAAGCGAAGGAAGUUCCGCGACUAAAAGCGCUCUACAAUCUUGACUCGUUCGAAGACGCGAAACAACUGUUCCAAAAGCUCUCGGCGUGCCGAGCAUUAGUACGCGGUAAAACCAUGAAACUUUUCCGAAGGAGUUCUCCAACAGCGUCAGCUAUUAUGCGAUGUUUAGAAAAGCUUCAUCCGAGGGGAACGCUAGUGAUUGAUUCGGUCCACUACCGCACGAUUUACGGCGACGAAGAUCGAUGGGAUUCUCUGUACUCGUAUAUUUACGGUGGCGUGUACGGAACGAUGUGGGAUCCAUCAAACGAGCUCAUAGAGUAUCCAACCUUGGAAAUUUGCGACGACUGCGAAAAGCCUUACAAACCGAGGUCGCGAGGUAUUUUCGUCGAGGAAAAAGAAGGCGGAGAGGAUGUGAAUAACUUUAGUUUAGUCAGCAACCGCAAACUCAACUCAGCGCGCGGCGCUGAAUACAAGAAACUCGUCGAGAGUAACAACACCAGUAGCAACGACGAAAGAGAGGAAGAACACUCGUUGAGUGACGAGGAUUGCAAGCACAUGCCCGGGUAUAUCAAGGCGACGUGGUAUAAAUCACCGAAUCCAAAUUGCGACGACUUGGCGAGGAUCCCUCGAUGCGUUUUGUCUUGCUUCGAUAUCGCCGAAUUGCCCGAAUCUUGCAGAGAAGUCGUGUUGAGAAUCUUAGAAAGACCGACAAAAUAUAGCCCAGACUCGAACGCUCCAGAAACCUGGCACAACAUCAAAGAAUGGAAGAGACCGUUCUUCUCCUUUUCUGGUAACGAAUACGAUUUGGUUCGAAGUAAAUCGGAAUACGCGGCGUGGAUUUUGGUGUGCGGUCCGUUUCAUUGCGAAAGAAUUACAAUUUCUGCGCAUGAACUCAUCGAUAGUGUCCCUGAAUUUGAUACCAUGGAGGAUAUUCUGGAUUAUGUUGAGAACGAAGUUCCGUUUGCGCGAGUGAACGACCAAAAUGGAGAGACGAUUAAAGUCUCCUCGGACGAUAGAUUUCGUUCGUUUAGUUUUUGCGCUGAAACUUUUCCUUUCAAGUGCCAGCUCGACGGCGCGAAACGCAAGGCGCGCGGAGCCGCCCUCGAGUUUGCCUUUCGACGUCCAAAACCAGUCUUUGAACGUACCGACCCGUGUGCUGAACGCAUGCGAUACGACGGAUUUGAGCCUUCGUUUUUGUGCGAUUUACAAGAGAUGAACGAUUCGGCGAUUGACAAGAUGAAGUGUGAUUGCGAGCAAGGAGAAUUGUACGAAGAUCUUUUGAGAGAAACGGAACGCCUGAAUUUGAUGAAGCGUCCGGAACCGCGGAAGUUGCGAUUCCCGUUGGGUGCAUGUGUUCAGUGUAAAAUGAGCACGGGGUGGAAAUCUGGCGUUGUCGUGCAACACUGGUACAAACCAAACGCGGUUGCCGUGCGCGAGUUGGACUUGAAUCCUCGAGCGCGCUUCCCGUAUCAAAUCCAACUCGAUGGUAAAAAUGGCGAAGAGGGAUUGAUAUUUGCACCAGAAGACGUCGACGACUGCAUUCGUCGGCCAAAGACUACAAAAGCUGAGCCUAGACCAUUGCUUCGUUUCAACAUCAACGACCUCGUCUUGGUUCUCGUUAGGAAAGGCGUCUGGUCGAGCGGCAAAAUCGUCAAGCACUGGAGUUUAGGCGAACUCGAAGGAAAAGCGAAGGUGAACAAAAAAGGGGAGAUCUUCAGGCUGAAGAAAGGAAGCAGCGAGCAAUACGAAUCGCAGCCGCACGUCAUGUGGGACUGUCUGUGGAACAUGUACUCGUACGAAGUUAGUUUGGAUUCAGAGGAUACCGUGACAAAGUCGAAAAAAUGGUUUGUCUGCAACGACUUGGACUCUGAAGUGCGCUUAAAACCUUCGUUUCGGAACCGAAAGAAUACGAACAGCAGAGGCGUUAGAAGAUAA